AGCUGAUGUGUCAAACAAAACAAACUGAUCGUCGUUGGAGGCUGGAGGGUUGAAUCCGGAACGGAAUUUCACGGUAUUUUUGACCAUACGAUUCGCACAGAAAGAGCUCAAGCUGCUAUCUCGCACCAUGUCCGGCAAGGUCCACACGGAAAAGAUGAUCACUUCCGUCAGGUCAAAUCGGUACGAGUUCACGUGGGUCCUGAAUGAUUUCAACGCCUGGUGGGCAAAAGCCUCAGGAGAAAAAAAGUCAUCGUUCAAAUUUCCUUCCAACGUGGACAAAAAAGUAGUGCAAUGGUGCAUAUUAUUUUAUCCUAAGCAAAGUGAAACCCACUCCGGAUUGUACCUUCAAGCGGCGAAUGAAACAGGCAAUCUCGAGGUCGAAUUCGAGCUUGCGAUGGAGGACUCCAAAAGAAAUACGAUCCAUAAAUUAGUGGCGAAGGUACAAAAAUGGAAAGCUGGAUGGGGUUGGGAUGAAUUCAUUAGCAAUGAUAAAUUACUGGAAGCCAUACACCAAGAUGAUCAGCUUUAUAUAGUGUGUAAAAUGACCACGUAUGAAGGAAUCAUUAACGAAUCGCUUCGUGAGAACCUACCAGAACCUGUGCCGGGUAGCCUGUCCAAAGAUAUGGACACUCUUGUCGACGGCACGAAGUAUGGCGAUGUAAAGAUUCUGAUCGACGGACAGCGUUUCUUGGCGUACAAAGGAAUCCUCUCAGCCAGGAGUGCCGUGUUUGCGGCCAUGUUCGAGCAUCCGAUGCAGGAAAGUACGGAGAACUGCAUCGCCAUCAGCGACGUCGAACCGGGAGUCUUCAAGGAACUGCUGCGGUACAUCUACACUGACCAGUUGACCUGCUUGGAAACGAUGGCGCAGAAGCUGUACCAAGCGGCCGAUAAGUACGACAUCCAGACGUUGAAGAGUCUUUGCCGGUGCCACAUCGUCAAGAAAAUGAGCUCGGAAACGGCCGCGGACACUUUGGUGCUAGCGGACAUGCACGGUGACAAAGAGAUGAAGAGUCACGCGCUACGGUUCCUUGGUGGAAGCGAGGCGGGCAGGGUUACUAAAUCCGCCGGCUGGAAGAGAAUGGUCCGGACUCAUCCGGAUCUCGUUGAUGAGGCGUUCGAUGCACUGACGGCUCGGAAGACCGUUGGCUAAAAGCAGCUGUUACGAUAGUAUUUUUCUGAGAUAUGUCCAAAAACCGUUUAAAGUGAAAUACAUUGUUUGAUUCAACCA